CAAAACAAAACCAUAGAAUCGACUAGAAGAAAGAGAGCAAAGAAUCUUGAAUAGAAACAUGGGGGAGGCUGAAGUUGUCUCAGCAGACGAAAAACAAGUGGAUUCUGGAACCUGUGCUGCUGAUGAGUCAGUGGUUUGGAGCCAGGAGGUGGAAGUGUGUCUGUUUCACGCCAUGUUGGGGCACAAACCAGUUGGGGUCAAUCGUCAUUUCCACAUGAUUUGCAUACGUGAUAAAUUUAGCCAAAACAUUGGAAGGCAGGUGUCAUCAAAGGUCAUCUGGGAUCACCUGGGAACAAUGUACGACAUGCAGGCACUGCAUGAGUCUGAAAUCCUCCCUUUUCCCAACUCUGAAAAGAGCUUUGUCUUGCCUGAGGACAUAAUACAGGAGGUCAGAGAAGGGAAAGUAGGUUCAGAGGAUGAUAUAAAGGAAGAGUUUAAAGAAGAGAGGGAUCUUUCAGCCACCCAUGAAGAAGGCAGCAACUCUUCAGUGAAGAUGACUGAACGCUCAAGCAGUGGGCGAGAGAAGGAGAAGGAGCGUGAGAGGGAGAAAGGGAAUUCAGUCGAGUCAGGUGGUGGCUCCAAGGAGGCUGCGGGUGAGAAGAGGAAGAGAAAUCGGGCCACAGAGAAAACACUAAGCACUGGCAACCCCUCCAGUCCUGGGGGAGCCAAACGCCGCAGAACAUAGUGCUGACCAGCAGAGGAAAUUGGGAGGAUUUAAUUCAUCGGGACUGAGAGAUGGCUUAUGUUAGGCCAACCAGAAUCUCGGCCAUGGUUAAAGUGAUGCAUUGUGAGGCACUGUGUCUGUUAGCGUGGAUGGUCUUCUGUUUGAGCUUUUUCAGAAGGUUGAUUGGUGUAUGAGGGAACACACUAGUGUGCGCACACAGUCUGCUGAAAAAAAUCUGGACUCCAGUACCAAGUAUAAGCAAUGGUUUGAGAAGAUCUUUAAAAGCUUCCCUGUUGUGGCUCAUAGUACAUACAAAUAUACCUUAACACCUUACUUUCCAGGAAGGAAAAAAACAAGGCAAGUUUUAAAUAGCAGCUUUUCAUUUUGCUCAAGUGACCUCACGGAGUAAUUUCUGUACCUGAACAUGUUUGAUGGCAUUCCUUGAAAAAGGUUUGUGACUGCCAUUAUGGUCAAUUAGGGAUAGGAGGCUUAAUACUUAAUUCUUAGUACAGCUUGCUUAGCGAUUACAAUACAGCUCUUGUUUAAAAUGUUUCUGUUGUGACUUGCUUUUGGAUUUUCAGACUGUCUACAUGGUGUGUGUAACUUAAGUGAGAUGGACUCAAGCUCAUAUAUUUCCAUUAUGUGUUUAAGGAAGAAUGUGAUUUUUAUAACCACCUGUAUUUAUUAAUUUCCAUUAAAAAUUUGAGAGCCUUAAAUCAGGCUUAAUGUUGGCUUGUUUAUUUUAUAAAAGAAUAAAUGCUGGUUAAUGUUU